GGAAUAAGUACCGCGGCACGAUUACGGUCGGGAUCAUCAGCAUCCACAUCUCCUCAUCCAGAACCAUCAUGUCUCGAUUCUCCCUCCAAGGCCGAACAGCCCUCGUCACGGGCGGCGCCCGCGGCUGCGGCCUGGCCUUUGCGCGGGGCCUCGCCCAAGCCGGCGCCGACGUCGCCAUCUUCGAUGUUAUUCCUCCAGAGGAAGGGUUUCACACUAUUGAAAAGGAAUACGGAGUGCGGACGGCAUAUUACAAAGUCGACGUCUCCUCCCCCGAAUCCCUCGCCGCCGGCUUCACCUCCUUCCAAACCGACUUCUCCAACGCUCUCGACAUCUGCGUCCCCUGCGCGGGUAUCAACCGACAUCAGACCUUCCUCGACUUCAAAUUCGAAGACCACCACGACCUGCUCAAAAUCAAUGUCUUAGGACUCUUCCACACGGCCCAGCUGGCGGCCCGGCAGAUGAUUGCCAAUAAGACCCAGCAUGGGAGUAUUGUGCUGGUGGCGAGUAUGGCGAGUCACAUUGCGGUAAAGAGUCAGCUGUGCAGUGCAUACUGUGGAUCCAAGGGAGCGGUCAGGGCCAUGUGUCCGGCGAUUGCAAAAGAGUUGGCGGAAUAUGGCAUCCGCGUGAACUCGAUUUCACCAGGUUAUGUGAGGACGGAAAUGACGGCUGCAUUCCCCCAUCUGAUCGAGGAGUGGAAAUCGGCGGCGAUGAACGGCCGCAUCGCCGAGCCGGAGGAUAUCAUGGGGGCGUGUGUGUUUCUGGCCAGCGACGCCAGUUCCUACAUGACAGGGCAGGAUGUGGUCGUGGAUGGGGGGGUAACCAAGUGGUAGUCCUUUGUAAUCAACGAAAUUCAUACUAUCGUAAUCAAUC